AUGGCAAGCAAGUUGCAUGUUCGGUCAAACAGUUUGCCAAAUGGAUCUCAUCCAUGCUUCUCUAGGGUAAGAGAUGAAUUGAAUAAUCUCAAGGCUUUCGAAGCAACUUCGACGUCUGAGUCAAUUGUCACUAGCUUGUCCUUUUUGGAAGAUUUACACUCUUCUUUGGAUGAUCUUCUCAAUGUUGCAUCAACCCAAAAGGUCAUCUCUCAACAACAAGGUGACAAAUGCAUUGAAGAAAUCUUGGAUGGAUCCAUGAAGGUCUUGGAUAUAUGUGGCAUCACAAGGGACACAGUUAUGCAGAUCAAGGAGAAUGUGCAAUUCCUUCAUUCAGCUCUUAGAAGGAGAAAGGGUGAUUCAACCAUCGAAACAAGCAUAGCUGAAUACAAUUCCUUCUCAAAGAAGACGAAGAAAAAUGUCAACAAGGUGAUCACAACCCUGAAGCAGCUACAAAGCAAAUUCGGAGCAUCUCAACUGUUGAAUGAAGAAAUGAUGAGAGUUUUAAGAGAAAUGAUUGCAAUGAACGUGUCUAUCUUCCAAUCCCUUUUGACUUUUUUCGCUCGUCCAGCAUCGAAGUCAAAGGUAGCCAAAUGGAUGAACAAGUUGAUGCAUAAAGGAGUGGUUGCAUCUGAAGAUAACUCAGAGAAUUGCAAUGAAUUGCAAUUGGUGGAUGCAACUUUGAACAUCCUUUUAAAAGAAGGUGCUAAUGGUUCCAACAUGAAAGUAGCACAUGAGCAAUUGGAGGCUUUGGAGAUUGCAAUUGAAAGCAUUGAGAUUAGAUUAGAAAGCUUAUUUAGGAGCAUGAUUAAGACUAAGACAUCCCUUUUGAACAUAUUAUCCCAAUAGAGACUA